AUGUCUUCGUUAUACACCUUGUGGCAGCAAUUUUAUCCACCAGCACCUACUUUUACCGAGAAGGAUGUCGGCGCAGGGAGUCAGGUGGGAAAGGUGUUUAUCAUAACUGGUGCGAAUUCAGGCAUCGGUUAUGCGCUCGUGAAGCUCCUUUAUCCAACCGGCGCUACCAUCUAUGUGGCCGGUCGCUCCCCUCAAAAGAUACAAACAGCUAUCAAUGAGAUCACCUCCGUCUCGCCCUCUCCCAGUACACCUGCCACCUUGAAACCAUUGCAUCUCGACCUUGAUGACCUCACGUCCAUCAAGGCCGCUGCAGCUGCAUUUGCAGCUCAAGAGAGCCGUCUUGACAUUAUCUGGAAUAAUGCAGGUGGUGGUUAUCCCGUUGGCAGCGUGUCAAAGCAAGGCAUCGAGGCUCACAUGGGCUCGCAUUGUGUAGCCCCCUUGCUCUUCACGAAUGAGCUUCUCCCACUGCUCCGGGCCGCGGCCCGGACAGCACCAAAGGAUAGUGUGCGCGUCGUCUGGACUGGAUCUGCACAAAUUCAGUUGAACGCGCCACAAGGCGGUGUAGACUUUGCACGUGUUGAGAAACCGACGACUCAUGAUAUGCAAGACUAUGGUGCGGCCAAGGCAGGGAACUGGUUUCUUGCUGUGGAGGGGGCUAGGAGGUGGGGGAAAGACGGAAUCGUGAGUGUUUGCCAGAAUCCCGGGAAUCUCAGCACUCCCAUAUAUGACAUAUUUGGGUGGUUUAUGUUGGCGCUUAUACGUGGUCUAUUCCUGUAUGAUGCCAAGUAUGGUGCAUAUACCAUGUUGUUUUCGGGCUUCUCGCCUGAGGUGAAUAAAGGGACUAAUGGAGCGUACAUUUGGCCCUUUGGGCGGAUUAAACCUCCACCGCGAGCGGAUGUCCUGCAGGCUGGCUCGGAGGGCAAAGCCAAGGAGUUCUGGGAGUGGUGCGAAAGAUCUUGGAAGAAGCACGUUUGA